GUUAUGACGAUACUUUGUACUUGAUCAGAUUCUGAAAUAUGGGUGGGAGAGGUUUUUUAAAAGCUUAUACUUGUUUAUGUAAUGUUUAUAUUUAAACACCUACCUGAUUAACACUUAGAGUUCACAAAAGGAGAUAAACAUCCUGGUCGCCAUUUUGUUAAAGGUAUAAUUUCUUCUAGAAAUAUGGCAGCCAAAUACUGUGAACCGUGUACUGCGCGUGGUAUGACUCCAACAGCAUCCCAAUGGUGUACCGAAUGUGAAGAAGCCCUAUGUUCCGAUUGUACAGAGGCGCAUAGAGUUCAAAAAAUGUCAAAAAAUCACCAUUUAGUAGAGAUAGGUAAAAUACCAGAAAAAAUUAAUUUAUCGUAUAAUUGUUCAAAGCAUCAACAUUUACCUUUUGACUAUUUUUGUGUUGAUCAUGAUGUUAUUUGCUGUAAGGAAUGUUGGCCAAAAUAUCACCGAGCAUGCAAAAACGUCACAUCCAUUGACAUUGCUUCAAAGAAUUCCAAACAAUCGCAGUUUUUCAUGGAUUCUGAAGAACAGUUACGUUUUAUUCUAGAGGCAUUAGAAAAAUUGAAUAAGAAUUGGAAUGAUAAUGGAAGUCGAAUUAAUAAAGAAGAAACACAAAUUUUGAAACAAAUAAAAACAAUGAAAGAAAAUAUUAUCAAACAGUUGGAAGUCUUAGAAGAUUCACUUUUAAAACAGCUAACUGAAAAGAAAGACAAACAUGUAUCCAGUUUAAAACGACAAGAGAAAUGUAUAAUGGACUUAGUAAACUCCACAACAGCUCAAACGGAAUCAUUAGCAUUUGUUAAAGAUCAUGGUUCUGAUAAACAGGCAUUUGUUUCUAUUCAUUCAUCCAAACCAAUCUUAGAUGAAAUUGAAAACAAAGUUAAACAGCUUACCGAAUCGGUGGUAGACACCAGUCUAACGUUCGUCGAAAACGUUUCAAAAGACAAAAUAACAGAUCUCGGGUCAAUAGAAUUAAUGGAAACACCUUGUUCCUUUCCAUUUGUCCCAUACAAGCAGCGCCAGUCACAGGUUCCAGUUGUUCUCAAGCGCCAGAUCACCUCUUUCACCCAUCUCUUCAACAUCGACAUGAAAGGAGAAAAGUUAAACGGAGUAACUGGCAUGACGAUAUCAGACAAUAACACAUUGAUUUUCUGUGAUUUGAAUACAAGCAAGGUAUAUUUUUGCGAUGAAAACGAUACUUACCAAUCAUCUAUCAGCUUUCCAUAUGCACCAUUAGCUAUAGCAGCAAUACCUGGAACAGCUACUGCUGUUGUGUCAAGUAAAUCUAAACCGUACAUACAGUUCCUAGACAUUGGAAGGCGUCAAAUAUUUAAGCAGGUAGAAGUGAAACAGAGCAAAAAUGGUGGUAUUUUUGCAACAAGAGAUAACAUAUUCGUAGAUAUUAUCGAAAAUAUACAGGUCCUAGACUUAAAUGGAAAUUUUAUAAGAACAAUAGAUCUAAAACAAGAAAAGAAUACGUGUUCGUACAUUUUAGUUUGCUCUAAUGGGAACAUUUGUUAUUCGAACAAGAAUGCAGUUCAUUGCAUCACAUCAGAUGGGUGUCCUGUUUUUUCCUAUACUUCAUCCGAUCUUCGUUUUCCAACAAAUACGAUAACAGAUGAUGCUGGAAAUAUGUUCGUCUUGGAUUACGGUUCACAAAAAAUUCACCAACUUACAUCCGCUGGAACUUUAGUAGAUAUUUUAUUUGAAUAUAGUUUGACCCGACCUCUAACAUUUUGUUUCAAUAAGGACUUGUCUAAAUGUUACAUUGCAAAUGAGAACGGAUCAACAAUAUCCGUAUUCAAGACAAAUUAGUAACAUCUUGAGUGAGCUUUGCACAUUACUGCGUUUUUAGAUUACACUUCUAACAUGAAUCAGGUUGGAUUACUUAUUACCAUGUAUCUUUAUGUAAUAAAAACAUGUUUUUCUUCA